UGUAUAUUAUUUUGUAUAUUACAUUUUGAAAACAUGUCAACAUUGACGAACAGUUCCUCGUAUAAAGAACAAAAAGAACAAUUCGUGAGUGGUCAUCAGGGAUCGUCUGCAGCAGAAAUAACUUUAAUUUAUCUAGGCAUAGCUUGUUGUGUUUUUCUCCACAAUGUUUGCGUCCCUAAGCGGAGCAAUCAAUGGCCCCAUGGGAUUUUUGACUUCCUAGUACUCGUGCUUCCCGGACUCCUUUCGGUUACGAUCCUCAACGAAUCAAAGAUUCUGAUUGCAGUAACCCUUCUGUCUCUAGCAGCUGUUUCAUUCCUUACUCAGAAGCAAAGCAGGAAAAACAAUAAAUCCAUCGUUCCUUUUCUUCAACAGGAAUUCAGCAAGAAACUUGAUUUUGUUAGUAAUUUUAGAGCUUUUGCCUUAAUUUGUACAUCUAUAUGUAUCUUAGCUGUGGACUUCAAAGUGUUUCCAAGAAGAUUCUGCAAGGCUGAAACAUUUGGUACAGGCUUGAUGGAUACGGGUGUCGGUCUUUUCAUCGUAGCCAAUGGUAUUGUUUCGCCAGAAUCUCGUCACAAAUCAAAUGUUUCAAGUCUCAAAAGCUCUGUUUUAUCCUCCAUUCCUCUCAUUGUCAUUGGAUUGGGUAGAGUCCUUUCAACUAAAGGUGUAAAUUACCAAGAACAUGUUACAGAAUAUGGAGUGCAUUGGAAUUUCUUCUUCACUGUAUCUGCAGUUAAGGUUUGUUCAAGUCUUAUUUUGACAAUCCUUGGAAACAUCAAUCUCUCAGGGCCAGCCAUUUUCAUAAUCCUAGUCUAUCAGCUGUUCCUCACUAAGUUUGGUUUAACGGAGUACUUAGACCUUGGAGCAGAUGGACAGGGUGGGAGACAUGGCUGGUUUGACUCCAACAGGGAGGGCAUCGUGUCCUGUGUAGGGUAUCUGUCUCUGUACUUCUUAGCAGUGGAACUGGGGAAGCAUAUAUUUAAUGAAGAAAGGAAAACAAUAAGAGAUUGGAUGCAGUUUGCUGUAGUUCUGUGCUUCCUCCAGGCUGUAUUCUGGUGUGUGAUGAUCUGGUCUGGGCUCCACAUUCAGGAAGUCUCCAGACGUUUUGCCAACUUUGCAUAUGUGACCUGGAUUAUGGCCUUGUCAGUGUUUCUCCUUGUGUUGUUGUUGUUGACAGAUUUGUUCAGUUAUUUCCAGUCAUUCACAUUUUCUGAAACAAAGAACAUGGAAGGUGAUGUGUGCCUGUUGUCAGCUGUAAAUUACAAUGCAUUGUUAUACUUCCUUUUGGCAAAUGUUUUCACUGGACUUGUAAAUUUGUGCAUAGACACUAUACAAUCUACUCCAACAAAGAGCAUGACAAUUCUUACUAUUUAUAUGGGUAUUUUAAGUUUUAUAUCAAUUAUGUUUUAUAAAUGGAAAAUACAAUUAAAAUUCUGGUAGC